AGGAGCUUCAGACGAUGAUUGAGAAGGCGGUGUCGCGAAGCUUCGUGGGAGUUGGCGCGGCUUCAAAUCGCGAGGAACUGUUUGCGCAACCGCUGUGCUGUACGUCCUUCAUCGCGGAGGCCUCCGGCGGAGAGAGGUUCUAUUUGCCCGCGCGCGACAUGCAGCAGAUUCGAGAUGUGGUCGAGGCAAGAUUGGUGGCCUACAACAACGAGCACGCUACCAUGAAUCUGGUUCUUUUCGAUGAUGCGGUUUUCCAUGUCUGUCGCAUCUGUCGCAUCACCGCCAACCCCUGUGGUUCUGCGCUGCUAGUGGGUGUGGGCGGCUCGGGGAAGCAAUCCUUAGCGAGGCUCAGCAGCUUCAUCAACGGACAGGAGGUGCAAACUAUCCUCGUAAACCACACCUAUGGCCUCAAUGAGUUGAAGUUUGACCUCCAGGAGUUCUACAAGAAGGCUGCUGUGAAGCCAGCUCUACCACAGGCAUUCCUGUUGACCGAUAGUCAGAUCACAGACGAGCGCUUCCUGGUCUUCAUCAAUGAUUUCCUAUCCAGCGGCAACAUUCCAGACCUCUUCGCACGGGAGGAAUACGACAACAUGUUCUCAGCCAUCCGAAAUGCCGCAAAGUUCGCCAACUACGCUGAUGAUCGCGAGUCGCUCUUCCAAUUCUUCUUGGAUAAAGUCCGUUCAAACCUGCAUUUGAUUCUGUGCCAUUCGCCGGUGGGUUCCACGUUCCGCAUCCGUGGAAGGAAGUUCCCCGCGCUGAUCAGUUGCAUGGUGCUGGAUGUCUUCCACCCUUGGCCCAGAGAUGCCUUGAUCGACGUGGCUGAACGCUUCAUGGUGGUGCUGGAGAAAAACAUCCCCAACGAGGAGGUGUUGGCCAACAUCGCCCAACAUUCUGCGGAAGUCCACGUGUCGGUCUACAAGGCCAACCGACGCUACCUGGAGGAAGAACGCAGGGUGAACUCCACGACGCCCAAGUCCUUCCUGGAACUCAUCAGUUUCUACGUGCGCAUGUUGACCGAUAAACAGAGCUCUGUGGAGUGGAACGUCUCGCGCCUGGAGCGAGGGCUUGCCAUCAUGCACGAUGUACAGGAAGGCGUGGCAGAUCUCAAGAAGGACUUGCAGGUCACCCUGCAGCAGGUGGAUGAGAAAAAGAUCAGUACCGAGGAGCUCAUCAAGCAGGUGACUGUUGCCUCUGGUGCAGCUGCGGUGGAGAGAGAGGCUGCACGUCAAGAGCAGUCCAAGUGCGAAGCCUUAGCGGCCGAAGCCCAACGAAUGAAAACCGAGGCAGACAAUGAGCUGGAAGAAGCGCUACCGGCUAUGGAGAAGGCUAAAGCGGCUGUGGACUGCCUCGACAAGGCCUCCAUCACUGAGCUGAAGACCUUCGGCAAACCCGCGCAGGAAUGCAUCGAUGUGGUGGCCGCCUGUGGUUUCCUACUACGACAGGAGAAGCGAAAGCUUGGCUGGAAGGAGUGCCAACUGAUGAUGAAGUCACCUCAACAGUUCAUUGAUGACGUGAAGAACUUUGAUGCUGAACAUAUCCCGGAGCAGGUCUUGGCAAACACGGAACCCUUGAUCGGUAAUCUGAAUUUCGAGUCGAUGAAGAGCAAGAGCCUGGCGGCAGCUCACCUCACCAAUUGGGUGGUGAACAUUGUCACCUACAACAAGAUCUACACCAAGGUGGCCCCGCUGAUCGAAAAGGUGAAGGUGGCGCAGGAGACCACGGAAAAUGCCAAGUUGCAGCUGCGGGAGGUGGAGAAGAGAGUGGAAGCCGUUGAGGCGGAGUGUGCGCAAUUGGACAACCAAUUGAAUGAUGCAAUCAAUGACAAGGAGGCCAUGGAGAGACAGGCUGCAAGCUGUGUGCAGAAGCUGAAUACUGCGCAACGCUUGGUUUCGGGCCUGGCAGAUGAGAAUGAACGUUGGGCCAACACUGUGGUGGACCUACGCCAGCUCUCUCUGCGGCUCAUAGGCAACUGCAUGUUGGCCAGUGCCUUUGUCGGCUACGCUUCACCCUUCUCCGCACGCCUCCGGCAGGACUUGUGGCAGAAUGUGUGGACCGCCGAUCUGAAACAACGGGAAAUUCCAAUGACCAACAACAUCGAUCCCCUGACGGUCCUGGCCACCGAUGCGGAUGUGGCCGGCUGGAUGAAUGAGGGCCUACCCGCAGAUCGCGUCUCGGUGGAAAAUGCCUCUGUGGUCACCAGUUGUUCCAGAUGGCCUUUGUUGGUGGAUCCACAACAACAGGGCACGCGCUGGAUCAAGCAACGAAUCGGAGAGGAGCUGACAGUGAUCCAACUGUCGACACCCAAAUGGUUGGACAAGGUCGUCUCCUGCGUACAAACGGGUAGCCAGCUGUUAAUCGAGGGCCUCGCAGAUGAGAUCGAUGCGGUACUGGAGCCACUGUUGUCACGGGCUGUGAUCAAACGAGGCGUUGGCCCCAUGUUCCUAAAACUGGGCCCGGAUGAGAUCGAAUAUGAUAGCAAGUUCCAACUUUAUCUUCAAUCCAAGCUGGUGAACCCGCACUUCCGCCCAGAGGUGUCAGCCCAAUGCACCGUGGUGAACUUUAUCGUGACGCCAGAGGGCUUGGAGGAGCAGAUCUUGGCAUUGGUGGUGAACUGUGAAAAGCCACAGCUGGAGGAAGAAAAGCAGAUCCUGGUGCGGCGUCAGAACGAGUUCAAGGUGGUGCUCUCGCGCCUGGAAGACGAGUUGCUGUCGCAGCUGUCGGCAGCAGAUCCUGCAACGAUCUUGGACAACCUGCCAUUGAUCGAGGGCCUGGAGAAGACCAAGGAGACCUCGCGGGAGAUCGCGCUGCAGGUGGCCGAAGCUGAGAAAAACGAGGCAGAGAUCAACCACUCCCGAGAGCUCUACCGCCCAGUGGCAGCUGAAGGUGCAACCAGU